AUAAUUAUUCUCACUUACCAUGUGAGUACUACUAGGUAGCCUGUCGGCAGAGCUCACACAGAAAUAAUAUGCAUGCUUUCCUCGUCCUCAUCCACACCACUAAAUUGUCAAAUCGGAUUCUACUCACCACAAAAUUUGAAAAAACUCUUCAACCAGUUAUUAAAAAACAAUUGUAUCCAUUCAAGUAUACCACUAGAGAUUCCAUAACAAUAUAUAGCAGAUGAAUCCGGGCCAUCCAUGUAUUUCAAAAAAGAAAUAGAUGAGAUGGGAAUACAAAAAGUGAAUCUUUAUUUUCUCCUACCACGAAAUCUCCCACCAACUUUCUUUGUUCAAUUAGCACUCAAGCUCUUUGGAAACUUAUAAAGUAAUCACGAAAAUGGUGAAAACCCGAUUCCUGAGAGUUCGAGCAAUCACAAGCCAAGUUGAUCUCACCUUCAAAACUUGCAAUGAUGGUCUUGGUGAAGACUUGUUGGUGGCAAAGCCAUGAGAGGAGCUCCGAGCUGGUAUAUAGAACAAGGCAAUAAUCAGACGGAAAAUCACUACCAGUAGUUUCAUUGCAAUCACAGCAUAAAGCAAUGAAAAGCGUACAGGGAUCUUUAGGAACAACUGCUAGCAUUGCUUUGAGAUUUGGGCAGGUCAUAUUCUCUUCAUCGUCUAUAGUCUUCAUGUCUUUAGGAGUUGGAUUCUACAGCUACACGGCCUUUUGUUUUUCGGUAACAAUCAUGGGGCUGGCUAUUCCAUGGAGUUUCACUUUGGCGAUACUCGAUGGAUAUUCCAUCCUGGCUAAGUUCCCCGUACAUCAAUCUGGCAUUUUCAUGGUUAUCAUAACAGGGGACUUGGUAUUAUCCUUUCUCACACUAGCAGCAGCGAGCUCAACUGCAAGUCUUGUUGAUCUUCUGCUAAAAGCAGAUGUAUCCUUUUGUCCCCCGAGACUUUGUAGUAGAUAUCAGAUAUCCGCAGCAAUGGCUUUCUUGUCAUGGUUCCUUUUGCUGCUAUCAUCUCUUUCCAAUAUUUGGCUACUUCCAUGGUUGGAUGCUGAUUAAGAAUCUACCAAAGCCAGAAUUAGUUUAAUACUAGUGAAGGCAAUGAUACUGAAUACUGUAAGAAGAGGAAAAUGAUCAAGUGUUACCACUCAACAUUAGAUUUCCAGCAAAGAUAAAGGCCAACACAAAUCAUACCGGAACAUUUGGAUGCAUGUGAAGGCAGCAGCAUGGCAGAGAACAAAGACAUAAUUUAUUGCAAAUCAGCAGAAGGCCUAAAACUGUAGCCAAUUUGAGGUUAACGGCUCAGCUCUUCGCGAGAGUUUCCCAUUGGAACAAGGCAUAUCAAGAUAGGAGCUAUUCAUGAGUACCCAAACUCACAGGACCCUUUUUAUGAUACCUCUGUAACAGAAAGGUUCCCUCCCCAGAAUUCCACAUCUAAACUUGAUAUCAAUAUUCUAUUUUGUACAUGUAUGUGUACAUAGUGAAGAACAAGAUGAUGACUUUAAUUCAUGUAA